UGGGCGGCUGCGGUCCAGGCGGAGCCGCGGUGCGGGCGGGACCUGGCCGAGCUGGAGGGUGCCGGGGAGCGGAGCUCGGGCGGCCUCCGAGGCCCGAGCGAGCGGACUUCGGGGGCGCCUGCGGCGGCCGCCGCGGCGCCGGGGGAGCGCGGCGGGGAUGGGGCGCCGAGCCGGGCGGGGGCCGCGGCCUCGGCCAUGUUCGCGGGGCUGCAGGACCUGGGCGUGGCCAACGGCGAGGACCUGAAGGAGACGCUGACCAACUGCACGGAGCCGCUCAAGGCCAUCGAGCAGUUCCAGACCGAGAACGGCGUGCUGCUGCCCUCCCUGCAGUCCGCCUUGCCCUUCCUGGACCUGCACGGGACGCCGCGGCUGGAGUUCCACCAGUCGGUGUUCGACGAGCUCCGGGACAAGCUGCUGGAGCGCGUGUCGGCCAUCGCCUCAGAGGGGAAGGCCGAGGAGAGGUACAAGAAACUGGAAGACCUCCUGGAAAAGAGCUUUUCUCUGGUGAAGAUGCCGUCCCUGCAGCCCGUGGUGAUGUGCGUCAUGAAACACUUGCCCAAGGUUCCGGAGAAGAAGCUGAAGCUGGUGAUGGCCGACAAGGAGCUCUACCGGGCCUGCGCGGUGGAGGUGAAGCGGCAGAUCUGGCAGGACAACCAGGCACUGUUCGGGGACGAAGUAUCCCCGCUGCUGAAGCAGUACAUCCUGGAGAAGGAGAGUGCGCUUUUCAGCACGGAGCUCUCCGUGCUCCACAACUUCUUCAGUCCUUCCCCGAAGACGAGGCGCCAGGGCGAGGUGGUGCAGAAGCUGACGCAGAUGGUGGGGAAGAACGUGAAGCUGUACGACAUGGUGCUGCAGUUCCUGCGGACCCUCUUCCUGCGGACCCGCAACGUGCACUACUGUACACUGCGGGCCGAGCUGCUCAUGUCCCUGCACGAGCUGGACGUCGGCGACAUCUGCUCCGUGGACCCCUGCCACAAGUUUACCUGGUGCCUGGACGCCUGCAUUCGUGAGCGGUUUGUGGACAGCAAGAGGGCCCGGGAGCUGCAGGGGUUUCUGGAUGGAGUGAAGAAGGGGCAGGAGCAAGUCCUGGGGGAUCUGUCCAUGAUCCUGUGUGACCCCUUUGCCAUCAACACGCUGUCACUGAGCACCGUCAGACACCUGCAGGAGCUGGUCGGCCAGGAGACGCUGCCCAGGGACAGCCCUGAUCUCCUCCUGCUGCUCCGGCUGCUGGCCCUGGGCCAGGGGGCAUGGGACAUGAUUGACAGCCAGGUCUUCAAGGAGCCCAAGAUGGAGGUGGAGCUCAUCACCAGGUUCCUGCCCAUGCUCAUGUCCUUCGUGGUGGACGACCAUACCUUCAACGUGGAUCAGAAGCUCCCAGCUGAGGAGAAAGCCCCAGUCACGUACCCAAACACGCUUCCAGAGAGUUUCACCAAGUUCCUGCAGGAGCAGCGCAUGGCCUGCGAGGUGGGGCUCUACUACGUGCUGCAUAUCACCAAGCAGAGGAACAAAAACGCGCUCCUCCGCCUGCUGCCCGGGCUCGUGGAGACCUUUGGCGACCUGGCGUUUGGUGACAUCUUCCUGCACCUGCUCAUGGGGAACCUGGCGCUGCUGGCUGACGAGUUCGCCCUGGAGGACUUCUGCAGGAGCCUCUUUGACGGCUUCCUCCUCACAGCCUCGCCCAGGAAGGAGAGUGUGCAGCGACAUGUGUUGCGGCUCCUCAUCCACCUGCACCACCGGGUGGCCCCGUCCAAGCUGGAAGCCCUGCGCAAGGCGCUGGAGCCCACCGGCCAGAGUGGAGAGGCAGUGAAGGAACUUUACUCUCAGCUCGGAGAGAAACUGGAGCAGCUGGAGCACCGAAAGCCCAGCCCGGCCCAGGCCACAGAGACUCCGGCCCUGGAGCUGCCCCUCCCCACUGUGUCCGCUCCGGCUGGGCUCUGAGGCUUCACCGGGGCUGCUCAGGACUGGGCACGGCCCCUGGUGGGUCUGGAACCUUGGCUGGCCAGGAGGAGCUCCCCUGGACUUGGAGUGUCAGGGACCCCACCUCUCCUGAAGGCAGACUGGCUGCUCAUGGGGCUGGGCUGGAUGGAGCUGAGCACUGCCCCCCCCCGAUGUCCUGCACGUGGGGCACCCUUCCGCUGUGCCUCAGCCCCACCCUGACCUGGAUCCUGGGACCUGUGUUCUUGCUCCUCGUAGGCCCCUGUCUGCUUCUUUGGAGGACAGCUCUGGCUCUGAUGUGCCCAGCUGCCCCCUUGAACUCACUCCCAGGCUGUGGAAAGCUUCUGGCUCAUUCCUGCCUCCUGUUGUGGGUUUCCACUUCUGUAGGGGAGGCAGACUGGCAGCAGUUGGGAUUAAGAAAAAGCUACCUUUUUCCAUGGGGAGAGGGCAGGGGGACCCAGGCCUGAGGGAAGCGGUGGGCCCAGCACUGUUGGCACUGAUUGGCAGAAUUAUGUGGCUUGCUGGGUCCGAUCAUCUGCAGGUUGAACCUGGCUUCUUCUGAGGAGCUCCUGAGUGUUUCACAGUGGAUGGUCUGGCCAACCCACGGCCCCACAGGCAGCGAAUUGUUUCUCCCCUGGCCAGCAGCACCCCGUGUAGCAGGCGUGGCUGAGGAGUGGCUGCCUCAGUUUACCCUUGGAGCAGUGUGCUCAGCUGCACUGUCUUGGUCAAGUGAGAGCUGUUGCACACAGUGAGACUUUCGCUUAUGUAAAUAAAAGGUGUUUUGGUA